AUUUUCAAAAAUGUCGCACACUUGUCAGACUAGUUACUCUGCCUCAUACAUAAAAGGUUAGUUAUCGCCAAUCGAUACCGGUACCAUCACCAUGCGUGCAUUUUACUUCGAUAACGUCCCAGGCGACCAGCGCCUGCUCCACGAUUCCGGAAAUCCUGUAUCAGACGAGAUCUUGAAAUCCAUCGGAGUACUACACUGGCACAUCCCAACGAGCCAACAGAACCAAAUCGAUGCUAUUGCAGAGGAAAGAAGUUACAAGAACAGAGACACUAUCACGAUCACUAAGGAGGGCCUUGGAGAUUUAUACGAGGCAAAGUUAAAGAGCUUCUUUGAAGAGCACAUGCAUGAAGACGAGGAGAUUAGAUAUAUUCUCGAGGGUAGCGGCUUUUUCGAUGUUCGAGAUUCAUGGAUUCGUUGUCAGUUAGACGCGGGUGAUCUUUUGGUUCUCCCUGCUGGCAUCUACCAUCGAUUCACUCUUGACGAGAGUAACAUGAUCAAAGCUUUGCGUCUCUUCAAGGAUGAGCCCAAGUGGACUCCUAUCAACCGCGGCAACUCGACAGAUGUGAACCCUUACCGUGUCGAUUAUUUGAAGACUCUAGCUGUCAACUGAUUGAAGCCGGAAUAGUGCAAACUCUGUGGAAUCGUUCCCGUGAGAAGGUAUCCAAGGGCAUAUAAGGGUCUAUGUAAAGGGGGAUCGUGUAACGAUAUGAGUGGAAGUAUCAUAUAUCAUCAUCAUCAUCAUUACUGACAAGAAGAUCGAUGAGUCACAUGGUGUGAAAUUAAGCAAGUCAGCUCGUCGUCGACUGUGCCGGUCUACGA